AUGGCCUUGAAGGACUGCAUCGUCGAUGUUGUCGACCGAUUUUCGGCGUUGCCCGUGCCCGUGAAGCUCGCGGUGCUUAUUUUGGUGCCCAUCGUCUACAACCUUGUAUGGCAGUUUGUCUACUCUCUCAGAAAAGACAGAGCUCCCUUAGUGUUUCACUGGGUGCCAUGGGUGGGCUCUGCUGUUGUUUACGGAAUGCAGCCAUAUCAAUUUUUCGAGCUGUGCAGAGAGAAAUACGGCGAUGUGUUUGCUUUCGUGAUGUUAGGAAAAGUUAUGACGGUUUACUUGGGACCUAAGGGACACGAGUUUGUAUUGAACGCUAAGCUUGCGGAUGUUUCUGCCGAGGCUGCUUAUUCCCACUUGACCACUCCAGUUUUCGGGAAAGGUGUCAUUUACGACUGUCCCAACUCGAGGUUGAUGGAGCAGAAGAAAUUUGCUAAGACUGCCUUGACGAAAGAAGCUUUCCAGAGGUACGUGCCCAGAAUCCAAGAGGAAGUUUUGGACUACUUCAAAGCUUGCUCCCAAUUCAAAAUGAACGAACGUAACAACGGCGUGGCCAAUGUGAUGAAGACUCAGCCUGAGAUGACCAUCUUAACUGCUUCCAAGUCGUUGAUGGGUGAUGACAUGAGAGCCAGAUUUGAUGCCUCCUUCGCCAAAUUGUACUCCGACUUGGAUAAAGGUUUCACACCCAUCAACUUCGUCUUCCCCCACUUGCCCUUGCCUGCCUACUGGAAGAGAGACGCUGCUCAGCAGAAGAUCUCUGCUACCUACAUGUCCUUGAUUAACGAGAGAAGAAAGACCGGUGACAUCGUUCCUGACAGGGACUUGAUCGACUCGCUAAUGACAAACUCGACGUAUAAAGACGGCGUGAAGAUGACCGAUCAGGAGGUUGCCAACUUGUUGAUUGGUGUUUUGAUGGGAGGUCAGCACACUUCAGCUUCCACGUCUGCCUGGUUUUUGUUGCACUUAGCUGAGCAACCAAAGUUGCAAGAGGAGCUUUACAAUGAGGUCCUUUCAGUUUUGGCUGAAAAGGGCGGCAGCUUAAAGGAUUUGGCUUACGACGACUUACAGAAGAUGCCUUUGAUCAACCAGACCAUCAAGGAGACGUUGCGUUUGCACAUGCCAUUGCACUCCAUUUUCAGAAAAGUCAUGAACCCACUCGUGGUUCCAAACACCAAGUAUGUUGUGCCUAAGGGUCACUACGUGAUGGUCUCCCCAGGUUACGCCCAGACCAACGAGAAGUGGUUCCCCAGGGCCAACGAGUUCGACCCACACAGAUGGGACGAGGAAACCUCCAGCAAUAUAGACACCGAUGCUGUCGACUACGGGUUUGGUAAAGUCACCAAGGGUGUUUCUUCGCCAUACUUGCCUUUUGGCGGUGGUAGACACCGUUGCAUUGGUGAGCAGUUUGCCUACGUGCAAUUGGGUACCAUCUUAGCUACCUAUGUGUACAACAUCAAGUGGAGGUUCAAGAAGGAUGGAUCGCUUCCACCAGUCGACUACCAGUCGAUGGUGACGCUACCAAUGGAGCCAGCAGAAAUCGAGUGGGAGAAAAGAGAGACUUGUGUUUACUAA